UUUCAUGAUGAAAGUGAAACCAGGAAGUGAAGCAGUUGAGUUAGACAGACAGGGUUCAAGCGAGGCGAGGAAGCGCGGUGUGUGAUCGGGGCGGCAGCAACAGAGAGUCAGCCAGGGCUAAUACCCCUCGAUGCGUUCAUUUCACUCCGGGCGACGCGAUGCCAGAAGUGAUCGGCGGCGCUGAGGGAAAAGCAAGGCUCUCGGAAUUUUUGUCUUAAAGCCCACCGAUAGGAUUUUCCGUGUGACAAAAUAAGAUCAAUUCCAAGGAGGGGAGGAGGUUAAUUUCGGUGUCGUAUUUCCUUCUCUUUCCCUUUUCUGUUUUUUUAAACACCGUCGAAGUUGGCCGACAGGGCAAGUGGGUAUAUUGAAGAGUCAGCGACAGGAUGCGGCAGGGACAGGGCAACGGCAUGGAUGAGGUUUACCAGCGAACCACGGAGCCAAUCCAGAACUCCGAUUCCUGCUGUAACCUCGGUUACCUCCGCACUCACAAAGGGAUCCUCAAACUGCUACAAGUGAUCCUAUCAUUCGUGGCCUUUAUUCUGGAGGAGAUAGUGCAGAACUGCAUGCACUGUCAUGCGCUUUACUUCUUUGAGUUUGUCAGCUGCAGUGCCUUCUUACUGACUUUCUUCCUGCUGUUCGUACUGAUGACAUCACUGAAAUCCAAAUUGAACCGGAUCAACUGGACACGAGUGGACUUUUUUUACACUCUUGUGAUUGGGAUUCUGUUCCUCAUUGCUGCCAUUGUGUUUGCCGCAAAGAAUGAUGGGUCUGAUUUGGAGAAAACAUCUGUGGCGUUUGGAUUCCUGGCUACAAUUGCCUUCUUUGUGGAUUUGGUGCUGCAUGUUCAGCAAGAGGGUCUGCCUUGGAAAGAAAAGGAGGAUAAGCCAGUUGAAACCAAAAAAGUUGAGGAAAAUGUGAAAGCGGAAACCCAGCCACUGAAUGAGCAAGGAAAUAUACCUGUCUGAGCUACAGAAGCAGUUGUUCUGUUUCUAAAAACAGACCCUUUUUUUAUACACAUUUGAAUUUUAAGUUUCCAAAGUUGUUCAGACAACAAUAGCAAAAAAAAUCUAAGCUUCUUUCUACUCAUUGUUCUGACCGGAGAGCAUUUGUUUCUAGAUUGGGGUGGAUUCAAUAAAAAUUGCUUUUUUGUCAUUUGCCUGUUUAUCUGAAUACAAUCUACUGUAGAUCCAUUGAAAAUUAAUGAAUUGAACUUGUAUCUUAAAUAUGUAUGAUGUUCUGAUGCCUCUGUUUGUAGUUUCUCUCUCUCUCUCUCUCUCUCUCUGCAUUUAAAGAUUAUUAGGAAGAUUAAGCAACUUUUAUCUUAAAGCUUUUCAUAAUUAUGCCUUUUAGAUGCUUGGAUCAAAUUUUUAUUAUAUAAAAAAAACUUUGUAAUUUAUUUUUGGUGUUGGUGUUCAUAUUAGUUUUAUUUAGCUUUUCAGAAAAAUGAUCGUAGGAAUCUCCAGUUUACUUAAACUUGCUUCGAGGAAACAUAUAAACAUGCAUUGUCACACAUUCAGCUGUGAUUGGGGGGAAAUGGCAAUCUCAUAGUAUUGGCAUUGAGCCAGUAAUCCAGAAGCGCAGUGUAGUGGUUAGGGGAUAAGCAUUCAAAUCUCAUCAUGGAAUUUACAUUUGGCUUUUUAAAAAAAAAUAGAUUGAAAGCUAGUCUCAAUAAUGGUGACACCUAACAUUGUCAUAAAAGCCAUCUGAUUCAUUGAUAACCUUUAGGCAAAGAAACCUGCCAUCCUUACCUGGACUGGCCUAUGUAUGACUCCAUAGCCAUAACAAUGUGGUUGACUCUUAACCUUCCUCUGAAAUGGUGAGGAAAACCACCCAGUUCAGGGCCAGUUAGGGAUGGGCAACACAUCUCGGCUUUGCCAGCAGCUACCACACCUAAUGGAAAAAUGGAAAGAAAAUUAUAAUUGGGCUGAAAUGUGAGCAUGAGUAGGCACAUGAAAUCACCUUGAUAAUUUCUAAGGUUCUUUCUGCUUUGAAUUGAAAUGGAAUUUGUAAUUGUAACAGAUUUAAAUCCAUCUUUGUUAAUGGCCAGUGUGGUCAUUUGGCAUUAAAAUUGGCUUUAAUCUGAAGAUUGAUUUCAGGUCAGUUCCGUGCUUGUCAUGUUUUUAAAAAUGCUUAAAUUUUAAUUAUAUUUCACCCCCUGUAACAUUAAUGCCAUUGCGAAGAACUUAUUUAGUUUCCAGAGUUCAAAAUUAUUCUAUUAAGUAGUCAAACAUUUUGUUUGGACUGACCAAACCGAACAGGUGAAAUGUUAAUCUAUACUAACUGAAUUGGGUUUAUUUAUAUGAAUUUAUUAAACAUAACAGUCCAACCUUAACUUUUGUGUGGCCUUAAAAUUGUUACUUACUGGCUGCAAUCACUACUGCUGUUACUGUCUGUUGAGUACUUAAAUUCCAUGUGGGAAGAAGUAGAAAGAUAAAGCCACCAUAGUCUUACCAGACUAUCAGACUGCUCUCUCACUGGAGAGAGAGAACUUGUGGUUUAACUUGAGAAGUCCGUUGUGGUAAUCUGUGAGUGCAGAAAUUGAAUCUAUGCUGUUAGCACCAACUUGUAUCGCAAAGCUGCUAUCCACCCAAUUAAGCUGACAAAUUCAUUGAUAAUGAACAGAAAAAAAUUGUUUUCAGGCUUACUGACCGAUUUAUAAGAGCCAAAUAUUAACCACGUGCUUUUGUUUUUCAUUUAAAAUCAAACAGCUUUUCACUUUGAGGACCACUGUGGUAGUUUUGCACUGGAGGAAAAUUCCAGUCAGGUCACUGUGUUCUCAGACAUCAGUGACUUGUUAGAAUUCUCUGAUCCUGUUUUAUAAUUAUUAUAGGAAUCUCAAGACCCUGAGGUAAGAGGAUGAUUUUUCUAUAUCAAGACAUCCUUCAGUCAUUCCAAAAGAAAUUAAACCUAUAAAUAGAUCUUCCUAUGUAUUCAGAAACCUGUAGUUUUGAUAUUUUAAUGGAUUUUGCACCAUUCAGUGGCUUUCAUCAAGUUAUGUCUGAAUGAUAUAAAUUAUUGUCUGGCAACCUCAAGGUCUCUAUAUUGUAAUAUCUAUUCGUUUGUAAUUAUCACAGUCUCGCAAUGUAAUACAAAUCACUGUAGAAUAAAUCGUUUGCUGUCACAA